CAUCAUAUGUUUCGCAAAACGUGGAUUUAAUUUGCGGAGAACUUUUUAAACGAUAAUUUUGAAUUGAAAUGGGCAAGGAUCGAGGUAGGGGACGCAGGAAUCACCACUCCGGGCCGUACAAAAAGAGUAACUGGCGUGGCCAGAAGAGGGAUCGCCCCCAAAACAAUGGAGGCCAGAGCAACAGAACAACGCCACAGCAGAAAUCCACGCUGCGUGAGAACCAAGUGGGCAUCACAGAGUUCACCAAUCCGGAGGCACCUGGUUUUACGGGCAUCCUCAAGUCGAGGUUCUCUGAUUUUCACGUAAACGAGAUCGAUUGCUCAGGAAAAGUCCUGGAACUGAACGAUCUAAGUGUGCCAAAAGUAGCGAUUGUUGCUGUUGCCGAAAAAGAACUGGACAACUGGCGGCAGGAACUGGAGGCAGUGAUUGGUCCUGAAGUAUGGAAGGAUAUAGCCAAUUUGGCGGAGGCUAAACACGAUCCAAAGAUCGAGCAAAAGGUUGAGAUCGAUGUAACAAGUCUGGACAAGGAGCAGCGCACACAAGUCCAUCAGCUAAUUAAGCAGCUUUAUAAAGGUAAACUGCUAUCCACCACCAUUGGACAGCAACAGGUUAAGCCCAAAGCGUCCUUGGAGGAGAAGGAUGAAGUUAAGGAUGAAGCACCAGCUCAGGAAGAUCCCCCGGUGCCAGAGGAGGAGAAGAAAACUAUAAGGAUACUUAAACCGAAACCAGGAAGAGGGGAUAAUAGAUGGAGCUUUCCAGCGGAUUAUGUGACUUUCUUGGUGCACAAAACCAAUUUGGUUACCAGUGAUGUGGCUUCAACUCUUGCCGCGCGACUCAACUUGCGACCAUCGCAGGUUAACUACAGCGGCAUCAAGGACAAGCGGGCCAAGACAACACAGAACUUCUCCGUCAAACGCCGAACGCCAGAAAGCAUCUUAAAUGCAGCUCGUUGCCAGCGAAAUGUCCAAAUCGGUAACUUCGCAUUCCAAUCCAACACACUCAAGUUAGGAGAUCUGCAGGGCAAUCGCUUCCGCAUCGCAUUGCGGCAUAUAGACAAGGAAAAACGGGGCGAGAUCGAAGUAGCCCUGGAAUCUCUGCGAGAACGGGGAUUCAUCAACUACUAUGGUCUGCAGCGGUUUGGCAACAGUGCCAGCGUGCCCACUUAUGAAGUGGGUGUGGCUUUGCUAAAGAGCGAUUAUAAACUAGCCUGCGAACUGAUCCUGAAGCCACGCGACUCGGAUGUGGAGUUUAUGCGUCCCAUCCGCGAGGAGUGGUUUAAAAAUCGUGACUCGGCAGCUGCAGCUGCAAAGAUCUACGGCGACAAGUUUAUCGAGAAGAAGCUGCUGGACGGCUUAGCCCGAUUUGGGGAAUCCGAUUACUCCUCGGCCUUGCGGCAGAUACCACGCAACAUGCUUAUGUUGUAUCCACAUGCCUACCAAAGCCUGAUCUUCAAUAGAAUUGCCUCUAGAAGAAUCAAGGAGUUUGGCCUAAAAUUGAUACCCGGGGACUUAGUUUAUGUAGAGCAAGAUAAGUCGGAUGGUGUGGAGGAACAAGAGCAGCAGGCGGAGGAUUUGGAUGGACCAAAGGAAGCGGAUGCCAUUGAAGAUCCCCCAGAAACUGUUGAAGAGGAAGACACCAUCGAAGAGGAAUCCCUUUUCAAGCGUAAGGUUCGCCCACUGACUGCAGAGGACAUAGCUAGCGGCAAGUUCCACCUUUCCGACGUGGUACUUCCUCUGCCAGGACACGACAUCACCUAUCCCAGCAACGAGUGCGGUGCCUGGUACGAGGAAAUGCUGGCCGAAGUGGGUCUCUCCUCGGAUCAACUGAAGCACAAGGAGAAAACCUAUGCUUUGGCUGGGGCGUACCGCAAGAUGAUCAUAUCGUCUAGCGAUCUCAAGUGGAACUUCAGACUGUACAACACCCCCGAGGACACACUGAUUGCCUCCGACUGGGAGCUGCUAAAGAACAUUCCAGUAACACCAGAACCCGCUGAGGAUGAGGGCAAAUUCCUGGCACUAUUGCUGGAAUUCUCGCUACCCACCGCCGCCUACGCCACAAUGUUCCUUCGGGAACUCUUGAAGCAAGAUACAUCGUCGGCCUCGCAAACGCUGCUGGAAAAAGAGGCAAUGUCUAAGGGGGAAACCGAAAAGGAGGUGGUCGCAAAGGAAGAAGCCAUGGAGGAGGAAAAAGAGGUGACUGCGGAAGAAGUGCAGGAAACUGAGGAGGCGGAAAUGCAGGAGGCUAAGGAGGAGGUGCAGGCCAACUGAGAUACCAAAAAUCAAUAUGCUGGGGAAAUCAAUUUUACGCGCGCUUCGUAUCCAACUUCAAACCAACCACAACAAUAACAAAUGCGCACGUGAGGACGAGGGCUGCUCUCUCGCAUCCCGUGGCUUGCACCCUCUCUCUCUCGCUUCCGUUCACUCUCUCUUUCUGCCUGGGAGAGUCCUUUUGGUCCUGUCCCUUUGGCUGCGAUUUCAUUCGUUCGGUGGCCAGCAAUGUGAAAGCUCGAAACGACGCGCUGCGCAGUUUUCCCAGCUCAAAAGUCCAAGUCGCACGGUUUUUCCCAGCUUUCUAAAUGAAGAGCAAUAACAAAUUAUCAAUUAACAACAAAUAACAAAUAACUACGGUUCCCCGUAAACCCGAAGACUCGAUCCAGUGCAUCCAUCGCAGAUAUUGAAACCAAAAUAGGAACCUAAGGAGGAGAGCCAAGGUGAAUUACCAGUUAAAUGUAGCAUUUAAACGUUUUGGGCGCGUAUUUUGAAAAUCCAUUUAUUUAGGCGUAAGUAUAAUUUGAAUGUUAACAAAUGUCUAUAAUUAUAGAGCGGACAACAACAUUGAACUUUACCAAUCACAAAACUGUACAAUAUUUUAUUUCGGCUCUGUCAGCCUAUUGAUUUUUGUUGUGUGCUUGUGCUGAAAUCAAUCGAUAAUACGGUGUUAAUACCAAGAGCAGGGUCCGGGAAUGGGGAAGGUGGCUGGCCGUAGGAGUAGUUCAUAUAGUGGCUUAGUGCGUCG